AUGGCUGCCAGCAAUUCGAUGAACGUUGAUUUGACUGGCUCGCAGCCAUCAGAACUAGUAGAAGGUGCUUCUACACGGCUAACACGGGAUGCUUUAUCCCAAUUAAGAAGUCCAAAGGCUUCAGAUCUUGCCAGAAGCCGGGUGGUUUCCUCAAACAAAAAGAAAGGUGAUAGCGGUCGUGGACCAGGAAAGGUGAGCAAGAAAUCAACUACAUUAAAAACAAACUUUGUUGAUACGAGGAUCAGAGAGUUCAAAGACGAGCCGUUUAGAAAAUCAAACAAUAAGUUGUUCUGUGAGGCCUGUCGUGAAGAACUUUCAGAGAAGGCAAGCAUAAUCAAGCGUCAUGUAGAUUCCCAGAAGCACAAAUCAGGAGUUGAAAAAAUAGCAAAGAAGAAGAAAAGAGAUCUGACAGUGCUUGAUGCCAUGAAGAAUUAUGACAAGGAGGUGCCCCCAAAACGCGAAAUGCUAAGCGAUAACCAGAGGGUUUUUAGAGUUAGAGUCCUGAAGACCUUCCUUAAGGCCGGCGUUCCCCUUCAGAAAAUGGACGAUUUCCGUGAGUUGUUGGAAGAAGGGGGCUAUCGUCUGACCUCUGUACCAAACAUGCGACAGCUUAUCCCUUUUGUCAGGAAUGAAGAAGAGGAAAUGAUCAAGGGAGAGAUAUCAGGCCAUAACGUUUCUGUCAUAUUUGAUGGAACCAUGCGACUUGGU